AGCCGGUUUGGCUCAAGGGAGCUUUCUGGCUCAGACUUGUUGUGAUGGGGCGACGUAAGUUUCUUUUUCGCAGGGGAUUGUUUCGUCAACCGGUUCAUGGGUUUAUUUGUGAGUUCUCCAGGACUACAUCCCUCGCAGCCUGGCCCGCGCGAGUUUGAUGGAGAAGAUCUUCACAACCGCAUUCGCCCAGAGCUUUGGUGCAUUACGAAGACGGACUUGCGUCGAUUGCGCCAGCAGGUUAAAAAAGCAGUGACUGAGGGAAGAGUUGUGCCAACGAGUGAGGAUCCUUUCGAACCAACGGACACUGCAGUUGGCCCUAAUAUCUACACCGUCACCGACCAACUGAUAAAGCCUCUGACUGAGCCCAGUGGACCUUCGGGUGGAGCUAGUUAUGCUCUGACGCAUCACCCAGAUGGGAUGGAGUGCGAGGUUUUCAUCACGCAUACUUGGGCUGAAGGCAUUUACGAAUUCAUUGACAAAACUCUCGCGUCUUGGCCCCGGCGCAAACGUAGCGCCUAUGCUUGUAUGUUGUCGAACCCCCAGCACUUGGACAUCGCUUGCUUGGUAUCAGAUCCGCUGACAUCGCCAUUCGCUCGCGCGCUGGCACACUGUACCCACAUGGUUGCGGUGCCAAAUGGGAGCGUCGGUAUCUACAGUCGUGCAUGGUGUUGCUACGAAGCCUACCUAGCCUGCGUGUGGGGGAAGGAAAUCUUCACGGCAUGGACACCAUUGGGGGCCAAAGCAACAUUGAAAGCCGCAGGUGGUCCAUGCGUGGCGGUGGUUUGCUCUGCGCUGCUGUGCAAAGCUUGCACUACUGACGACAUGGCUAGCUCAUGGGCGUUCUAUGCGGGGCACGGGGGGAGCACUGGAAUUGGAACUAUUUUUCUGCUGUUGGCUACGUCUGCAAUGCCAGGUUUGAUUCGAACUUUGCUGAUCUAUGCUGGAUCGGUGUGUUGGGGUAUCGCCGCAGUUUUGGGCAUCCGGUUGGUUUGGCAUCCCGAUACUUACGUACGGCACGGGUUUCUGGAGGCCACGUGGGUGUCCCUUCCAGUGUCCAGCACACAAUUUUCCGUGGCUCUCAUGUGGGCGUUCUUGCUGGUCGCGCCCAUGAUUUUGGCAGUGGACGGGGCGCGGGGGGCUCUACACAAGGCAGACCUGGCGCGGCUUGGUUUGGGUUACAGUGGCUCUAUCCGUGAAGUCUCGUGCACCAUUGACUCCGACAAAGCGAACAUACUCGCUUCGAUUGGGGAUGAAGUAGCUUCUGUUGAACACUACAUCAGUGUGCUGCUGAAGUCUGGCAUGUCCACUGGAUCUAUGAGAAAAGCUGCGAGCAUGGGCAUCGCCGUUGAGAAGUUGAGUUUUGUUCAGCUGGGACCGCCGUUCUGCUUGUGGGUGGCCUGGACUGUUCUCUGCCUGGGCAUACUGAGGCCAGGAGUGUUCCAGCUGGAGUCCGCGGCCGACGUGGCAUCAUGGCAGGCGACACAGUGCAUCUACCCCGUGAUGCAUCUCAUUCUGGUUAUGAUGUCCCCCCAGGACAAGAGAGCUUUCAUCAACUAUGGCACCCUUCAUCUUCUCUGGUGGGUGAUAGCACUUGAUGGGCUCAACCAGGUGCUGUACAAUGCGCCUGCAACGCAUCAACCGACAGCCAUUGCUUACAACUUGCUCGGCAUGGUCUCAUUUGUGGUCAGUGCUGUGGGCUUGGGCAGACUGGUAUCCGUCCCAUUGAUCGGAAAACAUGUUGCACGUUUGAUUAUCGGGAAAGCUACGCCUAUCGAGGUUCGAAUUAGCACCCGACUGGCUCGACCAGCAAGUUCGCAAAGCAGUUAUUCGGUGACCGAGACAAAGUCGGCAAAGAGCUCCGUCACUUCGAGCGUCGCAAGAUCCUAUAGCCAGGAUGUCUGAGACUACGGUUGCGGUGGACAAGAAACCACCAGGAUCGAACGCUGUGUGCUUCGCCUUGCACGCCACUCCAAACAUACACGUGAAUAGCGAUGUUAGUUUGCAGAUGUCGGCCGAGGCAAAAGAAAUGUUA